UCAGCGACGCACGGGAAAAAAAAAUCACAGGGGAAGAAAGAGUGAAGUGGAAAUCUGAAAGCGGAAGUGCGUAUAAAGCUACCGGAUCUAGUCCACCGGGUGGUGCAACCGGAAAAAGCCACCGGCGUUAACUUCCGAAUUUGUUAUGUCAUACACCGCGACACAGCGGUCACCUGGUUCACUAGAGGACUCAAACACACUAGAAUUGGACGGGACCAGCUAAGCUACAGCUAAGCUACAGCUAAGCUAACGUACAACCAAGCUACAGCCGGGGAAAUGCUCUCUCGCCUUUUAUUCUCCCUCAUCAACAGACUUCAUGUGGUCGAGAAGCUGGCAGAGUCUCGCCCGAUCCGCAGGGCGGCUCAGAUCACAGCCUACGCCAUCACCAAGGCUCAGAUAGCCGGGCGGGACGCUUCUCAGCGGGUCAUAAGAUCCCAGACGCUCCGGCAGGUGCGUGAGGAGGCCGGUAAAGUCCCCGGAGACCUGGGAGAGGUGGGCACCCGGCUGAAGAGAGUCCGAGAGACAUUUGUGAAUGAAGUGAAGGAGGGAUGGAAGGAAGGCUCCAGGCAGAUCAAGAAGUAAAGAGGACAAAGAGAAAUACUGCGGUUUGACAAGUGGACAGUAUGUGAUGUGUGUUUGCAGCCCCGGGAGGAGGCUGAAGGAGAAACGAUGCCGGAAUAAACUGCCUCAACAAUGCAAAACAACAACAACAACCACAACCAGGAGAAACUCUGCAGGUGUUUUUUUUAAUUAUGUGGCGAGCUCUCUGCUGUUAUCUGUCCAAAUAUCUCCAAAUUAAGCUCAUUAUUAGAGGUCAUUACUAUGAAAUGCUCAAACUGCCUUCUACUCAUCCCAUGACCUCUUCAGAUUAUUCUAUCCUGUUUUGUGUGCAAUCAUCCACUACGGCACCUGCCGAAGAGCCUCUGUGGUUCUGUACUUGGUGAAAUAAUGUCCUGUACAUAUAAAAAGAGCUCUUGUAUGUAUAGACAAUGAAUUUGCCUGUUUAGUUUUCACUGUAGAAAUAAAGAUUAUAAUUUAUGACAUUA